CCCUUCCGAAUCCGUCACUGGUGCAUUGAGUUGUCAGCUGGGCAGUCAAAGUGACGCAUCUCAAUCGUUGUCUCCUGAUAAAUUGUAUCUAUCUCUCCCGAAAUGCCAAAUUUUACGAAGUGGCAUUUCGUGCUAAUUGUUAUCUCUUGCGUGUCAAUCGGCCACGCCCUGGAGUGUUAUGUUUGCACAGAUCAGGAGGGCAAUCAAGAUAAAUGCUUGAACACCAUCAAAACCUGUGAACAGGGGCAGGAUGUAUGCCUGACAGAGAUUAAAUGGGGCAGUACACCAUAUUGGUCUCAGGGUGCAAAGAAACAAUUUUAUGUCUCUAAAAGAUGUGCUACUAAAAGAGAAUGCGAGAGGCUGCAGCGUAAUAAUAUGCCCGACUGCACUCAUAUCUGGUAUCAGGACUGGAAGUGUUCCUCUUGCUGUCAAGGUGAUAGAUGUAAUUAUUAUGUUAUUUCUAGUGGAAACAAAAGAAAAGCACAUAGUGUUAUAUUUGCCGUAACAUUCUUCAUCUCCUUCUUGGGCACAUUGAGAUAUCAAUGACUGACAUUCUGCAUUAACUGACAUUUUAGUGGACUGACAAAUCAAUUGAUUGAAUCUCAUCACUGCAGACAGAAUAUGUAAAGAUUCCCUUUUUUUUAAUAUAGUAACUAAUACAAGAUAAUUUUAUAGUUAUAUAUGCAAGAUAAGUUUUGCAAAAAUGUAUGAAUAUCUUAUAUUUAAAUUAACCUUUUAUUAUGUAAAUCUCGAAUUUUUAUUAUAUGAUUGGAAAACGUAAAGUGUUAUAUAUAUAUAAGAUAGUUUUAUAUUUUUGCAAUAUGAGAAUGUAAUGUUUAAAUUGAUCUCUGGUCAGUAUAAAUUUAAAGAUUUUGUACAAUUCCGAGACGUAGUAUUUAUAUAUUUGCAAUAGUAACUUUAUGGUAAUAGACAAUGGGCACUUAUAUGGGGACACAAUAUAUAUGUUUAUUCAAAAUUAUUCAGGCCAUUAUAUACAGGGUAUUUGGAAAGUGCUGGAAUUCCUUAAUAUUAUGCUGGGACUGUAUACUGUAACUUUCAAAUCUUAUAACUUAGAAAAUAUUUAAUGAAAAAUAAUUUCAUUAGAGUGUUUUGAAAAGCUCUUGAUACCAACCAUUAGAUUUUGGAAUAAAAAAAUAGGAUAUAAAAAACUAAGUACUUGUAUCUGCGCUACACAUGUUUAAUUACCACAGGCUAAUAAUAUUUCGGUAACAUUUUAUUGGAAAUGAUCCAAAUUUUGGAUCGAAACGUUUAUUGUAAUUGUUAAGAAUUGAUUGUCAAUGUAUAUAUUAAUUACACACGAACAUCCAGUAUUGGCCCCUAUGGCAUUUUUUUCUUAUAUUUUGAUUUAAGUCUUCAGAGCCUUUCCUCAUUUAUUGUAAAAAAUAGGAUGUUUUAUUUUAAAAUUUUGAUUUGAUCUAACCUUGGCGACGCCACAAAACCAAUUUGAUAGAAUCGAUAAAUAGAUAUUUUUAAAUCCUACAACUUUUAUCUGAAAUUUCUUUCAAAAAUGCUUAGUUGUUGAAAUAUUAAGGGGUUCCGAUACUUUCCGAAUACCCUGUAUAUUCUUAUCAUCGUUAAAUAUUUCAAAAAUUUAUUGCAAAUUUAAAUUUAUCUAAAUAUGUGUGUACGUGUAUAUAAUUAUGUAACGUACAUAAACAUGAAUAUGUUACAAACAGCCACAUGCACGCGCGUACCGUACAUACACAUUUUCACACAAAUUUAUAUAUAUAAUAUAUAACAUAUUUACAUACAAACAUAAGAUUAGCAGGCCUUUUUAUCAGUUAUAGCGGUUCUUAGUGCUAAAUAAUAAUUUUUAAUUUAUAUAAUCUCCAGCCUAAUCAAACUGCGCGCCGCAUAUUCGUCGAAAACAUUGUCAUGAAACCAGAAUACGCAAUAUUAAUGCUUUAGAAGCAUUUAUAAAAUUGUCAUUCCCUAAAAAAACUGUAAAUAAUUUAAUUGCAAAAAAAUAACAGCUAGGAUUUAAAGCAGGAUCUUAUAUUCUGUGCAACUUACCAAUUCAACUACCGAGGCAUAUAUGUUUGACAUUUUUAUUAGUCUAGAUUUAACUUAUUGUUUAUAAAUAUAUAUAUAUAUAUAUAUAUAUAUAUAUAUAUAUAUAUAUAUAUACGUACAAAAUUAUAUUAUACGACAUACAUCCGUCCACUUGGAACAAUGUUUGUUCUAUUUCUACAAAAUAUGGUCUGUGUGGGUGUGUGUGUUUGCGCGCGCGCUCACGUGCGUGCGUGCGUGCGUGCGUGCGUGCAUUUGUGCAUGCGUUUGUGUGUAUGUAUUUAUGUAAAGGCCAUAACAACAUUUAAGGGUAAAUUCCUAAAAUCAUUUUGAGACAAAAAUCCUUAUAUCAAAAUGAGAUUAUAAUAGGUUUUAAGUAAGAAAUGUGUUGACAAGUUAGACUUUCCGAAAUAUGUGUUCUAAACUAUGAUACAAAAUGAUCUCAGUAGUUUACUGUUAAAUGUUGUUAUGAUGUGAGACAUUUGUGUGUGUGUGUGUGUGUGUGUGUGCGCGCGCGCGCGCGUGCACGCGCGCACACACAUACACACAUACAUAAACACGUAAGAUGUCUGACGUUAUAUGCACCGCUUAUGAGCAAAUAGAACGAUUUAAAUUAAGUCGAAAAAGUCUUACAUUAUUUUGUUUUUUUGCAAUAACGAGUUAUUAAUUGAUAAAAUUGUUAUUUGUAAGGCAUUGGAUAUGCAGAAACAAUGUGUUAUAAUUUUGUAUAAAGCGCACCUCCAAUCAUCUCUCCGCAUGUCUAGCAACGAUGAUUGCCGGAUGAUCGCAUCUCGUCGCGCGCUUGCAUCUAGCAGUAGACCAGGCGAAUUCGGUUAUUUUUAUAAAUUAAUAACUCGUUAACUAUUGCAAAACUUGCAAAAUGAUAGGAUUUUUUUUGACUCAUUGUCAGUUUAGUUGACUCUAUCUGCUCAUAAGCAAUGUUAUACGUAAUGAUAAACUUGUAUGUAAGCUAUUAUAACAAAAUUUUGGAAUAUUUUUAUUUGUUACAUAUACAUAUUAUGUAUCCGUCCAUUUUGCAAUAAAACUAUAUUUACAACUAA